AGCCGCAGGAGAAAGAUGAAUGGAGCAGCUGGACCUUCGCAGAUUGACAGCCGCGAGCGAGUUCUCAAGUUAGGGGGCAGUUUUGAGAAGCAGCCUCGCUGCGCCUUCCACACUGUGCGCUAUGACUUCAAACCUGCCUCUAUUGACACUUCUUGUGAAGGAGAACUUGAAGUCGGCAAAGGUGAACAGGUGACAAUUACUUUACCAAAUAUAGAAGGUUCAACUGCACCAGUAACUGUUUUCAAAGGUUCAAAGAAACCUUACUUAAAAGAAUGCAUUUUGAUUAUUAACCAUGAUACUGGGGAAUGUCGUCUAGAAAAACUCAGCAGCAACAUCACUGUAAAAAAAACAAGGUUUGAAGGAAGCAGUAAAAUUCAGUAUCGAAUAGAACAGCAGCAGCAACAAAUGCGAAAUUCAGCUAGGACUCCCAAUCUUAUAAAACAUUCUCCAUCCGAAGACAAGAUGUCCCCAGCAUCUCCGAUGGAUGAUAUUGAAAGAGAACUGAAAGCAGAAGCUAGUCUAAUGGACCAGAUGAGUAGUUGUGAUAGUUCAUCAGAUUCCAAAAGUUCUUCAUCUUCAAGCAGUGAGGAUAGUUCCAAUGAUUCAGAAGAUGAAGAGUGCAAAUCCUCUCCUGAUCCAGGGAACUAUAUCUCAGAACAUCCCACCAUGUCUAUCAUGCCACAGUGCAGGAUUCCUGAAAUAGUGGCUGGUCAGAAUAAACAUCAUGAUAACAAUGGCCUUCUGAUGAAUACUUUAAAAAUGCCUCUAGAUCGUCUGCCCAUUUCUCAGUUGGGUUGUUUGGUUUGGAACAUUAAAAAUACUAAUAUAUUGGAAAUUAAGCCCUGUCAGUUGCAUCAUUUGUGA